UCUGAAAGUAUGCACAAGAAAAACAUGAAGAAAGAAGGCGAUCUUGUACGAGAAGAUGCCCCAAAACCCACCAUUGGAAAACCCUCACCGGGAGAUCUAAGUUCUGACUCGUACAUCCUUUACUUCAAGGGUUUGAGAAACUGGCAGUGGCAGAUACCAACGGGUUUAACAUUGGCUGGAUUUGGGGUUGCAAUUAGCAGAGAAGACGAUGAUAAUAUCUUGUUUCAGAUGAACGGCCUACUUGAUGACUCAGACGUUUCAAUUUGGGAGGUUGAGUUUAUGGCAUUGAAGCUAGGACUAAACAAAGCCCUAAGUUUGGGGAUCAAUCAUAUCUCAUUUUACUGCGAUGACCAUGAUAUUUUCGAAUCGGUCAUGGGGAGAUUGGCUCCUACGAGUGAGAAAAUCGCCUUAUUAAUGGAUGAUGUGCAAAGCAUCAGACAAAAAUUUACAACGAGCAUCCCUGUUCUUGUGACUAGAACUCGGACUAAGUUUGUCUUUGAUCUCGCAAUGGAAACACUACCAAAGCCUCUUUUUGGUAGAGCUGGUAAUAUGUUNAAGUAA